AAAGUGUUAAGAAUCUUAUGCCCUGAUUAGCAAACAAACACUUGAUCUGAGUCCUCUUUUGUUCUUCUUCCUCACUUCUAACCCCUAGUCCCUCCGCCGCCGUGUGAUUACCGGAAAAAUCCUCCGGGUAAUCUCAGGUUUUCGCCUUAGCGAUGGAAAUGGAGAGGCGGGAGGUGGAGUCCGAAUCCUCGGAGCAGGUGGUGAAUCCAUGGGAAGUCUCCGCCAAGGACGGCGGGAAAAUCGAUUACGAUAAGCUGAUUGACAAGUUUGGUUGCCAGAGGCUCGAUCAGUCGAUGGUCGAUCGAGUUGAGAGACUGACUUCCCGCCCUCCUCACGUCUUCCUCCGCCGCGGCGUGUUUUUCGCUCACCGGGAUUUCAAUGAGAUAUUGGAUGCGUAUGAGCGAGGAGACAAGUUCUAUCUUUACACCGGAAGAGGACCUUCGUCGGAAGCUCUGCACUUGGGGCAUUUGAUUCCUUUCAUGUUCACCAAAUACUUGCAAGAAGCCUUCAAGGUUCCCCUAGUUAUACAGCUUACGGAUGAUGAGAAAUGCAUGUGGAAAAACUUAUCGGUGGAGGAAAGCCAAAGACUUGCCAGAGAAAACGCUAAAGAUAUUAUUGCCUGUGGUUUCGAUGUAUCAAGGACCUUCAUUUUCUCCGAUUUUGACUAUGUUGGCGGUUCUUUCUAUAAAAAUAUGGUGAAGGUUGCCAAGUGUGUCACACUUAAUAAGGCUAUGGGAAUCUUUGGUUUUACGGGUGAAGAUCAUAUUGGAAAAAUCAGUUUUCCUCCUGUGCAGGCAGUUCCGUCUUUUCCAAGUUCGUUCCCUCAUCUUUUCUCUGGCAAGGACAAUCUUCGGUGCUUGAUUCCUUGUGCAAUUGACCAGGAUCCUUAUUUUAGAAUGACCCGCGAUGUUGCCCCUCGGAUAGGCUAUAGCAAGCCUGCCCUUAUCGAAUCAUCAUUUUUUCCAGCUCUGCAGGGAGAGAAUGGGAAAAUGUCUGCUAGUGACCCGAAUUCUGCUAUCUAUGUGACCGAUACUGCAAAGGACAUUAAGAACAAGAUAAACAGGUACGCAUUUAGUGGUGGGCAAGAUUCUAUUGAGAAGCACAGACAGCUUGGAGCAAAUCUCGAGGUUGACAUACCGGUAAAGUAUCUAACUUUCUUCCUAGAAGAUGAUUCUGAGCUUGACCACAUAAAGAAGGAGUACGGAGCAGGAAGAAUGCUAACCGGAGAAGUAAAGAAGCGACUCAUCGAGGUUUUAACAGAAAUGGUGGAGAGACAUCGCAGGGCUCGGGCUGCAGUAACCGACGAGAUGGUGGAUGCGUUCAUGGCGGUGAGACCUCUCCCAAGCAUGUUUAACUGAGCUCAGAAGAAGAAGAACAUCUGGUCUCUGGUUUUGCUUAGGGUUUCAGACAACAAGUACAAUAUUUUAUACUGAAAACAUCAUUCUCUUUUUUAUGUCAUAACACUUGAACAUUUACUGGAAAAUCUUGAGGAUAUUAAAAUGAGA